AUUUCCUCCCCCUCCUCCUCCUCCUUCUUCUCCUUGUUUGGUGACGCGUGCGCGUGUCCUCGAGCUCUUGAGUGGAAGGGGAGAGAGAGCAGGAAGGGGGGGAAAGGGAGAGGAUGCCGAAGAAGGGGACGAAGUCGAGCAAGGGCACGGGCAGCGAGCCCAAGGAGCAGGAGCGGAGGCAGAAGAAGCUUCCGGAGCACCUCGAGCUCCAGCGCACGCGCGUCGUCUGCAAGUUCGACGGCCCCGUCAACACUGAAGGUUUUCAAUAUGGUGGUGCUUUUUCUGCUAUGGGAAUUGAUAACAGCGUGUCAGUGGAUAAAUUUUGCAAAGACUUCAAAGUCGAGAUAAAACGACUUACGGAAGAUGAUGUGGAAUUUGAUAUGAUUGGUAUUGAUGCGUCGGUAGCUAAUGCUUUUCGAAGAAUACUCAUAGCAGAGGUUCCUACAAUGGCAAUUGAGAAAGUCCUUAUUGCUGACAACAGCUCAGUUAUAGCAGAUGAAGUUCUUGCACAUAGACUUGGCCUUAUUCCACUUGAUGCAGAUCCAAGGCUUUUUGAAUAUAUUUCAGAAAAUGAUGCCCCAAAUGAAAGAAACACUAUUGUGUACAAACUCCAUGUUUCAUGUAAAAAGGGUUCCCCACGGCUUACAGUGAAGUCUGGUGAUUUAGAGUGGUUGCCAGAAGGUAGUCAACUACCUUUGGCAUCUCCUGCUCAAUCUAGGGACAAAAAAAAGACGUACACUUCCUUCAGUCAAAGCCAGAAGGAUAUCUUAGAAAAGCCUCUUGGUGUGAAAUUAAAGGACAUAACUAUUGCGAGGCUUGGGCCAGGCCAGGCUAUUGAACUCGAGGUACAUGCUGUUAAGGGAAUAGGGAAAGUUCAUGCUAAGUGGUCUCCGGUUGCUACAGCCUGGUACAGAAUGCUCCCUGAGGUUGUUCUUUCUGAAGAAUUCAAAGGCGAUGAUGCAGAGGAGCUAGUGAAAAAGUGCCCAGUCAAUGUUUUUGACAUUGAAGACCUGGGAAAUGGGGAAAAGAGAGCAUUUGUUGCUAAGCCAAGAGCAUGCACCCUUUGUAGGCAAUGUGUUACGGGACCUUCUGGGGAACAUGUACACCUACGGCGCGUCAGAGACCACUUCAUCUUUACGAUCGAGUCUACUGGAGCUCUACCGCCAGAGACGCUUUUCACAGAGGCCGUAAGGAUCCUGGAGGAGAAGUGCGAGAGAGUGAUAUCUGAACUGUCAUGAGCUCCAGUGAUCACUCUAGUUUUUCAUGGUUAUAUUUUUUGCUGGGGACGUGUUGUGAGGAGAUUUUUCUCUCAGAUGAAAAAUCUGAGUUAGUAAUGGUAACAUACUCUUGCUAGGUGACUUGAGUAUGUUUCUUGAAAUCUCUUGUCUACAUCAGGCUGCUGUAACACAAAAUUAGUUUUAAAAUUUAAAUUUUUAGCUUAUGUUUUUAAGCUGAAGGCUCACGAUAGAGCCUUAUAUACCUGGUAUUCUUUUUAUAGUUAUUGCACGAA